AGUAUUUCUCUUCCUCUUUCAUUCUUUUUCCCUUAUCAUUGCUUCGUUCUAACAACGACACGUUCGUUUCUUAUCAGAAUAUACGGUACACAUUUAAAACCAACACACGUCGCUUCUAACGCGCAUUGCUAAAUGCGGAUUAUCGUGACUUACGAUUUCACGCGGCGUCUUCUCGUCUGCAGAGUGCAAACCUUUCGUCUCUAAUGGAAAGAGAAGAAACGAAAAUAGUCGGUGGCGUCAGAACAGACGCGAAUUUCGUGCAAAACACCUGCUGUUUUUACAAUUGUCCGGACAUCAGUAUAUAACCGCGAAUGCUGUCCGGAAUUGGCAUCAAUCAGCGAAGCUGCGUCGAACAUGAAGAUUCCAGCAAUACUGGUUACGUCUCUGCUGGUCUGGGGUGGUCUGGCCGAGGGCCACGUGGUGAAGCGCGACAAGGAGCUCAAGGCACCCGCGCCUUUACCGGAACUACUCGGCGAUGGGUCUGACGCGCUCGGUGCCUCGAUGGAGAACGGGAUCAAAGUCGCCAGAGCAUCGCAGAAUGUGGGCCUGAGCACGGAGUUGAACGCAGCCGCGCGGGCUGCAGCCGCUGCUGCGACCAAGCAGGCCAAAGACACAGAGGCCGCGGAAGCUGGUGCGGGCGCUGCGAUUGCCGUCGCUAUCGCCAAGCGUGAAGAGGCUAUCAAAGCGAGCGAAUUAGCCAGCAAGCUGUUGACAGCCGCGGUUGGGUCCAGCGAAGCCGCCGCGUCAGCGUCGGCGAGGGCGGCGCAAUUGACGGCCGCAGCUAGUGCAGCUGCCAAAGCUUCUGCAUCCGCCUCUGACGCUUCUGCCGAAGCCCAGGUGAGGGCCAACGCUGAAGCAAACAUCGCCAAGAGAGCUUCGGCAGCUGAAGCGAAAGCCGCAGCGGAAGCCUCGCUUAAGGCGGAACUCGCCAAGAAAGCGGCCGCCGGUUUAUUAGCUAAGGCUAGACUAGCGGCCAGCGCCGAAUCCGAGGCCACUAAACUCGCAGCCGAAGCGGAAGUAGCACUGGCCAAGGCCAGAGUCGCCGUCGAACAGUCGCAGAGCGCACAGGCAACCGCCACCGCUCAAGCUGCCACGGCCGUUCAGCUGCAAUCUCAAGCAGCUAACGCGGAAGCCUCCGCUGUAGCACAGGCUGAAACUCUGCUGGUCACGGCUGAAGCCGUCUCUGCCGCGGAAGCCGAAGCUGCGACCAAAGCUACCGGUUGGGCAAAGAACGUCAUCAACAAGAAAAAGUUACUUUUAGCGAAGAUCGAUAUCCCAGCGAUUUUCGUCACGUGCCUGCUCACAUGGGGCCUGGUGCACGCAAGUAUCGAACUCAGUGCCCCCAAGCAGGAGUCUGCCCUCGCGGAGCAGCUCCUAUUGAAGAACGUGGACACUAGCGCGAAGCGAAAGGAGAACGGCGCCCCGAAACUCGGCGAGAGCACAGCUGCGGCUCUGGCUAGUACCAAGGCAACUGCAGCCGCAGAGGCUAAGGCAUCCGCCAAAGUGAAAGCUUCUGCCUUGGCCCUCGCUGAGGCUUUCCUGCGUGCGUCGGCAGCGUCUGCUGCUGCUACGGCCAAAGCUGCUGCCGCUGUAAAAGAAGCAACGCAGGCACAGCUGCUGGCACAGGAGAAGGCUUUGAUAGCGUUGAAAACUCAAUCUGAGCAACAAGCUGCCUCUGCCGCCGCUGAAUCAGGUGCCACCCUCAGAGCAGAACAAUCCGCCGCGCAAUCGAAAUGGUCCGCCGCAGUGGCCGCCCAAUCCGCCGCUGCUGCAGCCGCUGCAGAAACAAAGGCCACCGCUUCCUCGGAAACCACCGCUGCCGCUACUAGUAAGGCCGCCGUGUUGGCUGCUGACGCUAGCAGCGCAGAAGCUGCCGCUGCAGCGGAGGCACAAUCCGCUUCGCGGAUCGCAGGUGCAGCAGCCACCGAGGGAUCUUCCAACUGGGCUAGCGAGAACUCGCAAACCGCACAACUGGAAGCUUCCGCCGCAGCGAAGGCCACCGCAGCCGCAGCUAUCGGAGAUGGAGCUGUUCUAGGACUUGGACGCGACGCUGGUGCCGCGGCUCAGUCAGCCGCUGAAGUUAAAGCCUUAGCUGAAGCUAGUGUCAGCUUAGAUGCUUUAGACAAGGACGGGAAAUGAAGGGAUAUCUGAAGGGGACAAGAGGAAGUCUUUCUUAGACGAUUUUGAGAAAUUUCUGAUUGAACACGAUAGAAAAUUAUUUGAAUAUGAUUACAGAACGACAGACGGAGUCGAUAAAAAUUAAGAGUAACAUUGUCGAAGUGAGCUUACCUACGUGAUAAUAAAGGUCCACUGUUUUAGCAAA